AUGCCACGUUUUAAUGUUGCAACCUAUGUGAAAGAACAAAAACGUCUGAGGGAGAAAGUUGUAUUGGAGAAUCGGCAACUAAAAUCGCUUCAAGAUGAAAUUUCUGCCGCUGCUAAACUCAAGGAAGAGAAAAGGAUGGAACUUAACAGGAUUAGAGAAAACCACCGAAGGCUUGAUAACAAGGUAAUUUAUGACAUCUUUGUGUGAAGACCAAAUUAAAAGCUACAAAAGUUCAUAGGGUUUUCGUUGUACGUUCACAGGAAUACCAUAUGAACCAUGGGAAUUUUCAUAGCAUUUCACAGUACUAUGAAAAAAAUACUAUGAUCAUUGUCCUGUUUCAUAGUUAGACCUCAUUUCACAGGAUAUUGAUCUAGUAUAAUGCUCAAUACUCCACUAGCUUGUCUAAAUGACAAACACAGACCAAAUAUAUUGAGUAGGAGGGGGUAUUAAGGACUUGGCAAACAUCUCUCCUGGACAGCCGAUGUUGCAUCCUCAGCUGUUCGUCACCCGAAAUGCAUCAUGUAACUAGCUAGUGUAUAAAUGAGAUGCGCCCUAAUGCACCCUACUUCCUGAUUUUGCUCUGCCUAGCAAAAGACGAUUUUGCUUGGCAAGGGUAAAACGUUACAAGGUGAAUGUGAAUAUGUGAAAUAGUUUGUUGUCCCUUUUCGAAAUAGGUACGAAAUUUGGUGAAAGCUAUUGAAGAUUUAAACGAUAUUCAAAACGAGCUGGUUCAACCAGACAGUACAGACCAGUCAGGUAGUGCAGCUAACCAGAAUAAUCCAACAAGUGCAUCAAGAGGAAAAUUUGCACGAGCUCAUCAUUAGCCAGGCAGCGUAGAAAAAGUACAUUCGAGGCAGCCAGGCAAAUUCAUGGGGGACAGGAUAAAAUAUCUGUAGCUGCGGAAGUAGGAAUUAUAGAUACUGCUUUGGUGAAAUGUUCAAAAGACAUUUUAGUAAUUGCAAUGUCCUCCAGUAAGAAGUUUAAUAAAUCAGUAUUGCCUAUCAUAUAUAAAAAAUCACUAAAGACCUAUGAGGCCUCUGAAGAUAAUUUAAUUAGAAGUGUUGCUGUAUAUUAUAGUGGGGGUGUAACUGGGAAAAAGAAGUAUUGUAAGAUCUAUAAGUAUAGUUGUUAUAGGCUAAACAAGGAUAAAACUAAAAAUGAACGCCUAGCAAUAGAUAGCUGCCCUUUACCUCGCUUAGUGCCAUAUAACCGCAUAAUGCCCUACAUUAAGUCCAUAUCUUUGGGUACAAUCAAUAGUGUUACUGACACACUGUGCUAUGGUUUAGAUGAAUGUGAUAAAGUAACUGGGUGCUAUCGUAACCUGAAGGAAAUGUUAAUUAAACUUGCCGAGUUUUAUCUCUCAGGUUGUACUGGGCAUUCCAUCACAUGGUUUGAGGAACCAUACACAUUUUCUGUAGGAGGGGAUGGAGCACCAUUCGGCAAAGAUGAUACGCCAUGUGCUUGGUUAAUCAGUCUGUUAAAUAUUGGUAGAGGUGUGUUAAGUAGUAACGAGAACUACCUGCUUUUCGGGGCAAAUUGUAGAGAGAGCUGUAUUGUUGUCCAGAGAUUUAUUAAAAUGCUCUUGACUGAUAUUCGGGAUAUUGAAAAAAGUGUAAUGACAUGUUCUCACAAUGGCCAACAAGUGAAUGUUAAAUUUUCUUUCACUGAACUCCCCAAUGAUAUGAAAAUGUUAGCGUUUCUCAGCGGGGAGUUGAGCAAUAGUGCCAAAUAUUUCUCAUCUUUUGCCAACUCAUCUCAAGUGAUGAUGCAAAAAACACCCAAGCUACCUUUGGGAGAGGCAUUGAAAACACUUGGAAACCUUGGAUGUAUAGUGACAGGUUGAAGGUUGUGAAUGAAGUCGAAAAGCUGAAGGCAAAGCUGUCGAAACAGCCUUUGUCAGAUGCCACUAAGAAAUCAAAGGUGACAUCUUUCAUUGCUCAAAAAAAGAGCAGACAAGAAUUUGAACCUCCCUUAGGUAAUAUUAUUGACAAGGCUCAUGUCGAGCCAUUGCAUUUAAAGAAUAAUGCAUGUGCUCUUGCACAUAGGUACCUUUUGCUAGAAGUUUUUGAGAUUUCCAAUUUACCUGAUUCCAUUAAACUGUUUUCACAAGUCCCAAGUAACUCUCCUAUAGCAAGAUAUAAAUGUGAGAUGGAGACCAAAUGUGGCCUUUCACGUCUUGCAAAGAGAAUUGUAAGAUGGUUUAACAAGAUGAAAGCGGCUAGUAAAGCUUUAGAUUAUCGAUUCACAGGCAAGGAUUCGAGGGGAUUUUUACAUAAUUUUAUGUACUUAAUUGCUGCAGUGGAACCUUUUCAAAAACAUGGUUCUAGGCAAGAAUUUACUUUACAUGUUUUGUCUUAUCUUUGCCUGAUGUUGCAUAAAUGUGUUACUCUCUUUGACCUUGUUGAUCUUCAACAUGCUUGUAAAGUUUACUUUCACGUUCAACUGUUUGUUUUUUGCUCAUCAUCCCACUGCUUGGACUUUAGGUCUUGUUGUCCCAGUUCAUGCAAAGGAGAUGAAAGUCAGGUAUGGUAUGGGGCUCGCCUUGAACUCCAUGGAAGGUCGUGA